AUGGCGCCCUCCAAAUUUGUCGUCGGCGGGACGCCGAGGACUUCCAGAGGACUUCCGUCCUGGUGGAGGCGGGAACCUGUGGGGGGUGACCGACCCACCACUCUACGGCGACUUGAUCGGGAAUAUGGUCUAGUGGGCGACCGCCUGGGUAGACGAGUCGGGGGCAGGGGAGCUUCCGGAGUUGGCGGGGCUGUUGGGCGAUUACGUGAGUUCGCUCCAGACAGAGGAAGGAUUCAAGGCAAAGAUGAAUCGGGGAGCCUCCGGCUCUGGCGCUUCCUCUUCUCCAAGUGGGGAAAGAUUGAGAACCAAUAG